AUGAACGCAAGAGCGUUGGGCAUCUUAAACCUUUACGCCAAACGCUAUACAUCAAACGUGGAAAACACCAAGAAGAAACAAGUCCAAAAACUUCACAAACUUACUAAGAAAGAUAAACCCACUAUUUCCAAUGCAGUUCACAGCUUCAGUUCCGGACAUUUAAGUGGUACAGAAAAUGAAAUAAAUCUAGAUCUAAACUUCGCCAUAGAAGCAAGCACACUUCCAAUCUUUGGCAUAGAUGCAACCUUAGAAUCUGGUGCACAAAAACCCCCGAAAUCUACAGCAGAUCAAUUUCGACAUCCAACUUACACCAGUCUCAGGAAUGCCAACGAGCCAAAGCCAAACAUUACUAAACACGAAUAUAGCACACUAAAACGUCUAAAACAGGACAACACAAUCAAGAUUCCACCAGCAGACAAAGGAAACAGUAUAGUCAUCCCACACCUCAACGAUUAUGACACCAAGAUCAAACAGUUACUAGACGGACACCAAUACAAAAAGUGCAUCGAUGACCCUACAGAAAAGAUAGAGAGACUCAUCAAUAGAACAAUAAAGAAACAAAACUUAGUCAACGAAAAUUUGGCCAAGAAUCAGCGAUAA